CGCACUGGAGCCAACUAACCACACGCGGCUCAAUCACGACAUUUAUUCGGCGUCCACUAUGCAUCAUCCCAACACUCUCGGUGUAAGGACGCCCAAACACAGUCGAGCGUACUGUAGAUACUGUAUGUGUACCAUCCUCUCCAGCCUACAGGAUUCUCUCCGUAAAUAACAUGGGUUAAGAGGAGGAUGUCUGGAUAAUUCAUUUCAACUCUUUGCAAGGAUGGGGACUCGGAUAUUGGUUUUUGGCAGAGGCAUUUUGACAAAGACGAAGAAAGAAUUCAAAGAAGGGCUUUAAUAUCAUCCUUCUACUCUUUAGUUUCCUUCCCUUCUUUUCUUUUUGAGAGAUGAUCGCAGAGUUGGUGAGCAGCGCCGUGGCACUGCUCCUGUAUGUCAACACACUGGACGCCGAUUUCUGCUACGAUGACAGCCGUGCAAUCAAGACCAACCAGGACCUUCUCCCUGAAACGCCGUGGAUCAACAUAUUCUACGAUGACUUCUGGGGGACACUUCUCACCCACAGCGGUAGCCACAAGUCCUACCGCCCGCUCUGCACGCUCUCCUUUCGACUCAACUACUCCCUGGGCAGCUUAGAUCCCUGGGGUUUCCACCUGGUCAAUGUGGUUCUACACUGCGCCACGACUGCCCUGUUCUCUAGUCUCUCAAGCCUGCUGCUGGGGUCGGGUUGCUGGAGCCUGCUGGCCGGGCUUCUCUUUGCCGCUCACCCCAUCCACACGGAGGCUGUGGCAGGCAUCGUGGGCCGUGCUGACGUAGGAGCUGCCCUCUUCUUCCUCCUGGCCCUGCGUUGCUACUUUCACCACUGUUCCCUGAGGACGAGCCGUGCUCAUGGAUGGAGCUGGACAUGGUUCUUGGGCACCUUGGCGUGUGCUUCCUGUAGCAUGCUUUGGAAGGAGCAAGGCGUGACUGUACUGGCCGUGGCUGCCAUGUACGACGUGUUUGUCUUCCACAAAUUGAAGCUGCAGCAGGUUCCCUCUCUCUUCCUAAAGAAGAAGAACCUGCACCUGCUCUUGAGCGUUUUUCUGCUGGGCUUCUGGGGUAUCAUCCUUCUGGCUUGCCGUCUUUACUGGAUGGGCAACAAACCUCCGAACUUCUCCAACUCGGACAACCCUGCAGCAGACUGUCCUUGUUUCCUAACUAGGACGCUAACAUUCUUUUUUCUCCCUGCCAUGAACGUUUGGCUCCUCCUGUGCCCUGACAUGCUAAGUUUUGAUUGGUCAAUGGAUGCUCUGCCUCUUCUGAGGAGCGUCGCAGAUUGGCGGAACCUCCACACCGUGGCCUUCUACACCUCGCUUCUUGCAUUGGCUUGGUUCGGGCUUUGUCUUUACCCAACCAGAAGCAAGGAGACCAACGGGAAAGCACCUCAUGUAGCAAACGGGAAGUCCACAAAUGGACACAGUUGUAGCUCUGAUUAUGAACACUCAACUUUUUACUCAAACUCAGUUCAGAUGAAUGGAACAAAUGGUACUGCAAAACACUAUUCAUCGUCUUUACCCACCACAGAGAGUUUGGUUGUCUUCUCAUUGGGUUUGCUGGGCGUUCCCUUCAUCCCUGCCACCAACCUAUUCUUCUAUGUGGGGUUUGUGGUGGCAGAGCGAGUACUGUACAUCCCUAGUAUGGGCUUCUGCCUGCUGGUAGCAGUGGGGAUGAGAUCUUUAUAUGUCAGAUUGAGAAGGAAGUCCUUCAGAACUUUAGUGCUAGGCUGCUCUGCCGCCCUGGUCCUUCUUUUUGGGAUUAAGACGGUGUUGAGGAACCAUGACUGGCAGAAUGAGGAGAUGCUAUACAAAUCAGGGAUAUCUGUGAACCCUGCUAAAGCUUGGGGUAACUUGGGAAACGUUCUCAAGAACCAGGGAAAAGUGGUGGAGGCCGAGCAAGCCUACAGGAAUGCUCUGUACUACCGGAGGAACAUGGCCGAUAUGUUGUAUAACCUGGGUCUGUUGCUCCAGGAAAACAACAGAUUCUCAGAGGCCCUCCACUACUAUAAGCUGGCCAUUGGGAGCAGGCCAACGCUGGCUUCCGCCUACUUGAACACAGGGAUUGUCCUGAUGAACCAGGGCCGUCUGGAAGAGGCCAAGCGCACUUUUGUCACUUGUGCCGAUAUCCCAGAUGAAAACCUGAAGGAUCCUCAUGCACACAAGAGCUCAGUGACCAGCUGCCUGUAUAACCUGGGAAAGCUUCUUCAUGAGCAGGGCCACCAGGAGGAGUCCAUAUCUGUAUAUAAAGAGGCGAUACAGAAGAUGCCCAGGCAGUUUGCCCCCCAGAGCCUUUAUAAUAUGAUGGGAGAGGCCUACAUGAGGCUGAACAAACUGACCGAGGCAGAACACUGGUAUAAGGAAUCUCUCCGAGCCAAACCAGACCAUAUUCCUGCACACCUCACUUACGGCAAGCUCCUGGCAAUGACGGGUCAGAAAACAGAAGCGGAGAAGUUCUUUCUCAAGGCGAUCGAGCUGGAUCCUACGAAAGGAAACUGCUAUAUGCAUUAUGGUCAGUUUUUGCUGGAGGACUCGCGGAUUUUGGAGGCCGCUGAAAUGGCAGGGAAAGCCGCCCAGUUGGACAGUGAAGAAUUUGAUGUGGUUUUCAGUGCAGCUCACAUGCUCAGGCAAGCCAGCCUCAAUGACGCCGCUGAGAAGUACUACAGACAAGCAGCCAACCUGAGACCCAAUUAUCCGGCAGCCCUAAUGAACCUCGGAGCCAUUCUCCAUCUCAAUGGCAAACACCAAGAAGCGGAGGCCAAUUACCUGCGAGCCUUGCAGCUGAAGCCGGACGACACCAUCACUCAGUCCAACCUGCGGAAGCUGUGGAACAUCAUGGAAAAACAGGGCUUGAGGACCAUGGCUCCUUGAAAUGGACACAUUUAAUGGAGCAACUUCACUGAUGUUGUAAAGAAAUUGUUCUCUCUGAGCUCUCAAUAAUGAGGUAAUCGACAUCCUAGGGCUGACAAAGAACGUCUUCAAUCCUGGCUUACCUCAUUGGAUGCUUGAACAUGUGAAACCAAGAAUUCUGGAACAGUCUAGAACUGCGAAGCUCCCCAAACGUGACGGGAGUUGUUAACUUGAAGUGGCCCAUAGAUACAUACUUGAAGUCUCAUGAUAAAUUAGAUUUUAAUUAGUUAGUCAAUGCUUAAUAGUCUUGAAGGGCAAUAUUUGUCCUGAGGCUGUAUGAAAUUGUGAAGGAAUGAGAGUGCUACAACCCCAAGAGGGUAUAAUACUCUGCAUGUAAAUUAAAUUUCAAUGUCAUUUCUCCAUUCAUAUGAUUGGAAUCAUUAAUAUUUAAUGAGCACAUCAUUGCUGAUGGAAACGUGCGGACGAAAAAUCAUCAGAACAUCAACAAAAUGAGAUCAAUAUACCAAACAUGUCCCAAGUCUUUCUCAAUGUAAAAUAAACACACAUCCGUUGUGUCAAAAUGACAAGUGAUUCGUGAGGUUGUAGACUUGUUGACACUGUACAUAGCAGCACGGGUGAUAUGUGAAGUUUGGUUUGGGGUGCCAAUGGUUUUACAUGUUCCAUCAAUGUUCCAUUGAUCUAGACAUGCCUGCCCAUGAUGCUAGAUAACUGCUGGGUUCAUGAAAUUGGAUCCAUUUGAUUAAUCUUGCCAAAAAUGACAGGAAAACAGGAAAGGGACAUUCGAUAAGCUGUGUCAUGUUAGCAAAUUGAACUUGCAAGCUCUCUUUGCCUUACUUUGCAAAAAUCUGUAACAGAAAGAUGGAGUUGAUUUUAUUUCCUCGUUUCGUAACUAAUAUUAAAUAUGGAUGGAAAAUGUCCACUUGUUAUAAUAUGGCAUUCAGCAGUGUGAAUUCACAGUUACACUACUGUUCAAAAGUUUGAGGAUCAGUAAGAUUAUUUAAUUUGUAUUUUUUGAAAGAAACUAAUACUUUUGCUCAGCAAGGAUGCAUGCAUUAAUCAACAGUGACAGUAAAGACUUUCAUAAUGUUACAAAAGAUUUCUAUUAAAAAAAAAUGCUGUUCUUUUGAACUUUCUUUUCAUCGAAGAGCCAUGACAAAUGCAUCGCAGUUUUUAUAAAAAUAUAGAAAAAUAAAAUAUUUCUGACUGUUUUCAAGAUCAUUUCAUUAAUGUUUCUUGAUCACCAAAUCAGCAUAUUAUAAUGGUCUCUGAAGGAUCACGUGACACUGAAGACUGGAAAAUUCAGCUUUGCCAGGAAUAUAUAUAUACAUUGUUUUACAUUUUAAUAAUAUUUCACAAUAUUACUGAGUAAUUACAGUAUUUUUGAUCAAAUAAAUGCAGCUUUGGUGAGCACAGGAGAGACUUCUGUCAAAAACGUGAAAUCCCAAACUUUUGAAAAGUAGUGUUUAUUAAAUCUGACCUUUAGGAUCAUAAACAAAACAUUGGCUAGUCCUGCUAGCAGCGUGCUUUUGACUUGAGUUGGUUCAACAUACUGGUAGUUUAAACGCAAAGCUUUGACUGGUAACUCCUAACCAAAUACAAAUCCUUAUUGCACUCCUCUAACAAUAUACAGCCAUAGUUUUGUAAGGGAUUGUUUAUUUGUAAUGUUGGUUUAAUAUUUUUCUUCUAUGUUUGAGUGUAUAAAUGGAACCUAAUAUAUAAAAUGACACGUUACACGGUGUGAUGUUUUUGCUCUAACACGGAAAACAGUGAGCCAGAAUCAUUAUAUGUAAUUACAGUUCUUGUUUAGAAUUGUUUAGUUCAUCCUGCAGUUACUUUAUUUUAUUAUUGCCUUUGUCCAUCCUUGUUCCUGAUCUCAAGUUUUGAAUAUGUAGUGAGUAGGAAUAAUUGGUGAUCCCACCAAUUUUUUAAUGAAGGAUUUUAUUUGUAUUUUUCUUUUUCUUUUUUCAUUUUUGUGAUAUGAGCCUUCUCACUUAGACUUUAAAGAAAUGAAGUAAAACUUCUGACCCAAA